CUUUGUUGUUGGUGAUGACAUGAAAAUAUUGUUGUUGGAGCCUCGGCGGAGGGACACGGACGGACAGACGGCCGGAGCGAAUCGAUUCCUGUUGACGUUUCUUUUGUUUUUAUUUCGGUUCGUCGGUGAAGCAGCAGCAGGGAGCUUCCGGAAGCAGCAUGUCGGUGAACAUGGACGAGCUCCGGCACCAGGUCAUGAUCAACCAGUUUGUUUUGACGGCAGGUUGCGCCGCCGAUCAGGCGAAGCAGCUCCUCCAGGCGGCCCACUGGCAGUUCGAGACGGCGUUGAGCUCCUUCUUCCAGGAGGCCAACAUCCCCGGUCACCACCACCAGAUGAUGGUGACUCCCAGAAACACUCCCGCCACGCCGCCCAACUUCCCCGACGCCAUCACCAUGUUCUCCAAGCUGCGAGCGUCCGACUGCAGCUCCGGUUCCUCCCAGUCGGCGGCCUGCUCCCCUCCGGCUCCGUCCUCCAGCUUCGGCUCCUUCUGGGCCUCGUCGCCGCCGAGCCACCAGCCGGCCUGGCUGCCUCCGUCCUCCCCAACCGGACACCGCUGCCACCACCAGACGCCCAUGUGGCCGCCGGCGUCGCAGCCCAGCGGAGCCCAGCAGCCGGCCGUGGUCCCGGCGCUGAACGGACCCAGAUGAGGAGGAGGAGGAGCGACGGCAGAACUGUUUAGUGUUUGUGGACUGAAGGAGAGACCGGAGCCGAGCCGGUCUGGACUCUGAGCCCGACAGGAGAGCAGCCAUCACACCGUCUGUGAUCCGUUUGGUACAAACAAUGCGCCGAGCAAUAACCAGCAACGAGCAGAACCGAGACACGCUGCAGAGUUUCACGGCAGAACCGAACCGCUCUGCUCACUUCAGCUGUUUCUGGAGGUUUUCCUGCAUCUGCAUGAAAAAUGUUCCGUCUGCUGCACGGAUGUUUGUUAAUACGAACAAAGAGUCCUUCUGGAAACAACAAACUGAGUCUGAGCUCAUCCAGCCUGAAUUUAAAGAGAAUUUUAUCUGUUUGUUUUUAACCUAAAAUGUUUUCAUUUGUGUCAUGAGCACUGGAGCUGAAACUGUUCAACUAUUUCAAGCACAAAUCAGAAAACGUCUCGACUUCUUGCCGUUUUCCACGAAUAAAAACUGAAUAUUUGGACAAAGUUACACAUCUGAGAGACUAGAAAUCGAUUUGAGCGACAACUAUGCAACAAUGUCUGACCAGAAAUGAAGAAAAACAUCAGUUAUUGACACUUACUGUAGAAUAAUGUUCAAACAGUCCAAGUUUUCUAUGUUUUCUGAAGCAUUUCCUGUAAAAUUUGACUCAACACCUGGAUGGUUUCUUCAGUUUAGGACGUUAAAUGAAACUUUGUUGGCGUUAAAAUCUGAUUCUACUGCACACAAGGAGCUCAUUGAAGUGAAAAACUGUUGAAAAUGUUCUUGGCUGCCAGAUUUGUUCAGAUUUUAGAAAAAAAAAACAUAAGUCUGAGCUGAAGUCGUGCAGCAGAUGUGAUGUUUUUCCCUCCAGAUGUUCACCGAGUUUGUAAUUUCACAUUUUGUACAUUAAAACAGUGAGAAGUGGAAGACGAACUGUGAAGUGAAAGUUUGCAAUAAUCUGACGCCGUGAAGCGGAAAGAAGAAGAACAGUUUUCUGUAAAUAAAAGAUCCUUUGAGGCCACAGAAGCAGCUUCAGACGGUUUCUGGAGGAUCCAACUCAGUGAUUUUCGCCGUUAAACCGCCGAUACCUCCGACCCGAAAGGAUCCGAACGUCAAACCGGAAAAGAUUCUGUUUCCUCACAGCGACAAUCAGCUGAUUUAAAGUUUGUUUUUUGGAUUCAAACAGAGAAAUCACAUUUUAUUUUAACUCCGACAGGCAUGGAAUCAUCUGAGGAGAAAUCUGCCCCGAAACACCCGAACGCCGCUUUCAUUUUCUUUUUCUUUAAAGUUUUCCUUCAUUAAAGGAAAACUUGAACACAAACUCUUCUGAAUCCAAGAAAGUUUCAGAUUAUUUUCAAACAAUCAAUUGACAGCUUUAGAUUCAACAGAUCUAUAAAGUUUGAAUGAAAUUUAACUCCAAAAAGUCUAAAUUAUUAAAUGUGAAUAUUUUUAUGGUAAACAGAAUAUCUUUGGACAAAACAUAUGUUGUUUUGAAUGAUUUUUUAAAGCAUUUAUUGUGAUAAAAAGUUCCAUCUUCUCUCCAAAAUGUGAAGAUUUGUUGCAUUUUACUAUCAUAUAAAAGUGUAAACUGAAUAUUUUUUGCAGUUUUGGGUGUAAAAGGAGAUUUUCUUCACCAUUUAAUAAACCAAGCAGUCAAUUCAUCCUGAGAAUUAAUACUUUAUUAAAUAAUUAAGUUGAAUGUCUGCAGGUAGCAGCUUUUUAUUGUUGAUUCCCCCCCCCAAAUAAUCUAAAAAGUUCAGUUUCUCACAUUUUAAAGCUGCAACCAUCAACAGUUCACUUGUAAAACAACUUUAUAUUGUUUAUUAGUCGUAUCGGAAGAGUUUUCUGGGUCUUGAUGCAUCUUUGCUGCCAUAAUUGGUGAAAAAGUGCAUCAAUAACUCCAAAAAGAAGGAGUAAGUGGUUGGAAAUGGUCUAUUGUGAUGCAGAAUGUACAAAAAAAAGCAGCAUUGUGUUCCUGUAAACACCCACAAAACUGCAAAAAAAAAAAUAAAUCAAAGAUGAUCAAUUUACAGUCAAAACAGGUCAAGUAUUUGGCUCAAAAAAUGAGUAAAAUUAUUCAUCAGAUAAUCAAAAAGUUCCUCGUUUUAGCAGCAGAGUGAGACUUUGAGCUAAAACAAAGAAACAGAAAUGCGGUCCUUUAAAUGUUCAAAGCUGAAAGAUGUUCAGGUUACAGCCGUGUUUAAUGAGUAAAUUCAAAUAUUUGACCUGAAAAUUCUUCAGCAAAUUAGCAAAAAAGAGAGUUUUUAGCAAAUGAGCUAAAUUAGCAUUACGGCCCUUUAAAUGUUCAAAAUUCAGUUUACAGUCACUGAAGCAAAGCUCUGCUGUUUGUACCUUAAACAUGAAAAAACAAACAAAGAAACAGCUGUAUGGGGCUUUAAAUGUCCAAAACUCAAAGAAUUCAAUUUGCAACGACAGAUUACAGCAAUUUUCUGGUGCAUAACGUGCUAUUUUUUUUUGUUUUUGUUUUAGCAAACGAGCAAAAACUCGUGUAAAGAAAUUUUAAUAAAAACAGCAGAAUGGUCCUUUAAAUGCCCUAAACUCAACAGUAUUCAGGCUCCAAUGAAUUUUGAAUGUUUGGAUCAAAAAAAUAUAUAAAAUUUGUCAAUCAGAUAAUCAAAAAAGUUGAUUAUUUGUGCAGCAGAGUUUGUGACUUUCAGCAGACGAGCUAAAUGAUGCUUUAAAUGUCUGAAAAUGAGCCCCAAACAAAAAUAAAAACAAAACAGUUUGCAAUGAUGAUAGCAAGUUUUUUUUUUGUCCCAUUUUUUAGCAAAUGAGCUGAAACAAGUAAAAAGAAACGUAAAAAAUAACUGCUGUAUGGUCCUUUAAAUGUCCAAAACUCAACAAUAUUCAGGUUCCAAUGAUUUUUGAUUUUGAAAAUCGAAUGUUUGGAUCAAAACAAAUUAUAAAAUGUUUCAAUCAGAUCAUCAGAAAAGGUGAUUAUUUCUGCAGCAGAGUUUCAGACUUUUAGCAAUUGUCUAAAACAGCGACAUGGUCCUUUAAAAGUCCAAUAAAACCUUCUACAACUCUGUCUGUUGACGCGUUGGUUCAUUAAAUUCGUCACCUCUGGCAGCUUUCUCCUCUGAUCUGAAUCUAAACUCCUGGUUUUUGUUGCUGAACUCUGGUUUUGGUUUCUUAAACUUUCUGACUCGUCACAGUUUGAAUCUGCAGCUCUUUUCUAGACAUUUGUGUUCAUUCGCUCUGUUGAGAAUUUGUAUUUAUACGUUUAAUAAAACGUUUGGAUCUGC